AUGGCGUGGGGCAAGAAAACCGGCGUCGAUGACUUGCUGCAGAAACUAGCAGAUCCGCGGACGGCCACGAGUCUCUAUGUUAUGAGCGUGCGUUCCCUGAGCGACUCGGACGUUGUGACAUUGGCGAAGGCCAUUAGCACCAACACUUUGCUGCGGGAAUUGUACAUGUCUGGCCACGAGUUGGGACCUCGUGGGUUAGAAGCGUUUGCUGACUGCUUGGCAACGAACAUGACGCUGCAGCACUUGUGCCUUGGAUCUGAGACGCUUGGAGACGACGCUGUGAAAGUCCUGUGCACCGGGUUGGCUCGAAACGCUCAGUCGAAUCUGCAGGUCUGGGACUUGGAAUUCAAGUCGCUCAAUGUCGACGGAACGUCGGCCAUUGCCGAGCUGCUGAAGACGAACGAGACGUUGACAGCAAUCACGUUGUCACGUAAUCCGAUCCAGGACGAAGGAGUGGAGAGAGUGGCAAACGGACUGCGUGCGAAUCCUCAGUCGCAGGUGGCGGAGCUGAACUUGACGAAUAUCGGCAUCUCAGGAGCUGGCCUCGAUCAUCUGGCAGCGUUGGUUGCGAGCAAAACGUGCUCGGUAACGACGCUGCAGAUGUCGUUCAAUUCAUUAGGAGACGCGACGUCGGCGUUCUUCGAUGCAUUGGCGACCAACACGUCGGUGGCGAAGCUGCUGCUGAAAGAGUGCAAGUUGACGGAUCAACACGCAGCUGCGCUCGCUUCUGCUUUGGUGCACAACCUGACGUUGAGCGAAGUUGAUCUGUCCGAUAAUGAGUUGACGCCACUUGCCUGUGCGGAGCUGGCUCGAGGGCUUCGUGCGAACAAGACAUUGAGGAUCCUGCGUCUCACGAACAACAAGUGCCAGGAUGAAGGUGCCGUGCUUCUUGCCGACGUGUUAGCAGCAGACAACACAACGCUUACGUACCUUGAUAUGGGCAAUAACGGACUCACUGGCACCGGUAUGACGCCACUGCUGAAGGCACGGUCAAUCACGCAGCUGCACCUGUUCAACAACAAGCUUGGUGAAGGGGUAGUCGAGCUCUUGCCUGUGUUGCAGACCAACCCUGUCAUUGAGACGUUAGGUCUCGGUGCCAACCAGUUACACGAAGGACGAAGUGUCACGCUUUUCGAGGGCCUGCACGCACACCCAUCCCUGAAGACGCUCGAGAUGGGGGGCAACACGCUUGGAAAGGUCGGACACGCUGCUCUUGAUGUACUGAAGGAUGCCAAUCGCGCGUUGGAUGUGGCAGUUGACAAGAACGCGCAAAACGAGGAUGGCAGCUUUGACUAUCAAGAUCAAGAUCAGCGGUAA